AUGGCCAACGACGAAGUAAAGAUUAUCGGAGCAUGGGCGAGUCCCUUUGUGAUGAGGCCGAGGAUCGCUCUAAACCUCAAGUCUGUUCCCUACGAGUUCCUCCAGGAGACGUUUGGGUCUAAGAGCGAGUUGCUUCUCAAAUCAAAUCCGGUUCACAAAAAGAUUCCCGUUCUGCUUCACGGUGACAAACCGGUCUGUGAGUCCAACAUCAUCGUUGAGUACAUCGAUGAGACUUGGAGCUCAUCUGGACCGUCCAUUCUCCCUUCCAAUCCUUACGACCGGGCCAUGGCUCGCUUCUGGGCUGCUUACAUCGACGAAAAGUGGUUUGUGGCUCUAAGAGAUAUCCUAAAAGCUGAAGGAGAAGAAGAGAAGAAAGAGGUGCUAGCUAAAGUGGAAGAAGCGAAUGCGCUUCUCGAGAAGGCCUUCAACGAUUGCAGCAAAGGAAAGCCGUUCUUCAACGGCGAUCACAUCGGUUACCUAGACAUCGCCUUCGGGAGCUUUUUAGGUUGGUUGAGAGUCACCGAGUUGGCAGCUGGUCAUAAAAUUCUCGAUGAGACCAAGACUCCUUCACUGUCCAAAUGGGCAGAGCAGUUCUGUAAUGAUCCAGCUGUGAAACCUGUCAUGCCCGAGACUGCAACGCUCGCUGAAUUCGCUAAGAAGAUCUUUGCCAAGCCGCGGGCCUAA